AUGCUCAACACGCGUUCUCUCGCUCUAGGCGCCGUCGCGCUUUUCGCGCUCACUUCGGGCUCCGUGCUCGCCAAAGAUCCUCCCAAAGAACUUCAAGUCGGCGUCAAGCACAAGCCUGCAGAGUGCAGCAUUAAGUCGGAGAACGGUGACAAGCUUAGCAUGUGAGUUGUCGAUGCUCGUAGGAAUACACACGACGCUGCUGCGCGGAGAGGAGCCAGUCUGGCUGUCGAGCUCGGACACGGGGCUCAAGAGGAGGGAGGAGCUGUGGGCUGCAAUCUCACUCGGGACGACGAUUUGCUGAGCAGCGCGAGGACUCUACAUGUGUAUCAUCACACCUCUGACAUCAAUGCUUCGUUACGUUGCAGGCACUAUACUGGCAAGCUUUGGAAUGGUAAAGAAUUCGACUCCUCGAUCCCGCGGGGAGAGCCGUUCGUGAGCACAGGCGAAGCUGGCGUAAUCUGAGUCAGCCUGCGCUAAUUUGCUGCCUCCUGCAUCUUGCAGACAUUCACGAUCGGUGUUGGUCAAGUAAUUGGAGGGUGAGGCAAGAUGACAUCUCAAACGCAUGAGAGCGAGCUCGUCGAACUGACAACAAGGGCCAUCUUUUCUUGACGCUCGACAUAGUUGGGAUCGAGGACUACUAGGCAUGUGCAUUGGAGAGAAGCGCAAGCUGCAAAUUCCGCCCGAGCUUGGCUAUGGGGAGCGCGGAGCUGGAGGGACGAUCCCAGGAGGAGCCACGUUGGUCUUCGACGGUGAGCAUGUGGAGGCACGCGCAAUCAGCCGACUCAAUCGCUCCGAGCAUACAUUGACCCUGUGCGCUUUCUUUCUUCGCCUUUUCUGACCUCGAAGUUGAGCUCAUCGGAAUUGAGGGCCCGGGCGCAGAUGCGAGACGAGCAGCUGCCGACGAAGGUUCGAUUGUCGAUUCGGUCAAGGCAGGUGUGGCUGCUGCUGCUGGCAAAGCAGCCAAGGCAGCUGGCAAAGUGGUCAGCGGGGAAGACUCGGAAGGAAGUGUGGAGGCUGUGGUCAAGGAAGCUUUGAAUGGGGACGAUGAGCCUGCUGCAUUAGUUCACGAGGAGCUGUAG